GGGAAGAAUGAACGCGGAGACUCGUUAUGUGGAAGAUGUGGGUGGAGCUGUGAGUGAAAGCCCGCCUCUCAGGUCUGUGGGUGGGUGAGGGCAGGUCUGUGAGUCAGUGAGGUGUGCGCUAGUCAGGGAGUAGGAACUGAGGCGGAUGCGCGGCUUUCCCCGCCUCUCCUGGUUGCCAUAGAAACAGCCCCGGCUCUGUGGUGCGUCCCUUUCCUCAAGCCCUGGGCUCGGUGACUGGCCCUAGUCCCACCGUCAUGGAGGACGCGCUGCCCUCCGGAUUGCUGGAGGUGUGCGCCCUGCUCGGAGCCCCCGCUGACAGGAUCCGGGAGAUAGACAAGGUUGCUCAGAAAGGAAUAAGAAGCUCUCAAGUUCUAGAGCCGGAAAUUCUCUCCAUUUUUGUCCCACCUUUUACAUCAAAAGAGGAAACAACAAUUUCGCCUUCUGCUCAGAAUAACUAUCAAAGGUUAGCGAAGAGGCGCUCCUUCCGGAAAAAGAAAGAUAAGCCUAAGUCUGAGCAUGGGACCGAUAAAACGGACAAGAAAGACGUGCCUGCCGAGGACAUCACCGUUCCUAAGGAUAUAGAUCUUGAUGGCUUGCCACAACUCUGCUUUCCAGGAGGCCUUCAACCUUCCUCAGAUCCUAAAGAACACUGUUUCCAUUUCUUAGUUUUUACAGAUGUUAUGGGGAAAAGGACGUAUGGAGUGGUCAUGCAAUACUAUAGAUCUGUGCAGGAUGCAACAAGCCUUCAUAAUGGACAGAUCUACUGGGAUUAUAACGCGAGUCACACAAAGGCCGGUGGAACCUUUAUUCCUUAUGCGUUGUGUGUCAUAUCAAGAUUUCCGUACUACAGUGCACUAAAAGAUUGUCUUUCGUGCUUAUUGAUGCAGCUGAAAUCUUGCAAGGAUUCAGAUACGGAUAAUCGCAUCAAGGAAUUUGCAGCAAAACUGUGCCUGAUACCAAGCCCCCCACCCGGACCCCUCAACUUGGUGCUCAACAUGAAACCUCUUCAGGUUGUUUUCCCAUCAAGAGAAGACUUAGACAGUCCUUUAAUCGACUUGGAUCUUCACCUUCCUUUUCUGUGCUUUAGUCCAAAACAGGUGUUAGAGAUCAUGUCGUGCAUCCUCACUGAGCAGAAAAUUGUCUUCUUCUCCUCUGACUGGGCUCUUCUUACUCUCAUUGCCGAAUGCUUUAUGGUUUACCUGCACCCCAUGCAGUGGCAGCAUACAUUUGUGCCCAUUUUAUCACGUCAGAUGUUGGACUUUAUCAUGGCACCAACGUCCUUUUUAAUGGGGUGCCAUCUGGAUCACUUUGAAGAGGUUAAGAAGGAAGCAGAGGAUUUGGUACUAAUCAGCAUUGAUGGCGGGACUAUAUCUUACCCUCUGUCUAGUGAAGAGGAGACAGAGGUUCCGGAUGUCCCUGUAGAAGCUGCAGAAUCCUUCAUACAGAGGAUCGAGAGCCUUCAGAUGCACUAUGACUUGGAGAUGGCCCACCUUGGCUCUUUCAUGGAGCUUGGCGAGUUACGAAUGCGUAAGAGACUCUGGCAGCACAAUCUCAAUAAUGAAGUGCAGAAAAUCACCCUGCAGCUUAUUGUGGACAUAUUCAGGGAUGUGAAAGCCCAUCUCAAUUUUGAACACCGAGUAUUUAACAGUGAGGAAUUCCUGAAAUCCAGAACAGUAGGAGACCAGCCAUUUUAUAAAAAGGUCUUAGACACAUACAUGUUCCAUUCAUUUUUAAAAGCUCGUCUGAAUAAAAGAAUGGAUGCUUUCUGCCAGAUGGAGUGGAACACCUCUUCUGAAACAAAUGGACGAUUUAGUAUGCUGUUUGACAGCCCAAGAAGGGCCACCACAAAAAUGAGACGCUUUCGCCCAGAGCACAUGUUCAGUAAGAAGCUUGUCAUAAGUAUGCCGAAUCUGCUAGAAGCUAAGGAGACUGAGGUUCCCAGGCAGUGGUCUCUCAGGAAGCCAGACCCUACUAAUGGAGUAAAACCACAAACGAAACCUGUUUAUACUUUCAAGCUGCCGGAAAUAAAUUUCCCACUUUUGGGUCGAUGUGUGCAAACCUACUACACAGAGCUAAAUAACUACCUCAACAGAGAAAUUGCCUGCCUGCCCCCUGAUAACUCUACACUGCUUGCCAGAUAUUAUUACCUGCGUGGCCUGGUCUAUUUAAUGCAGGGAAAACCAGUGCAUGCACUUUCUGACUUUCAGAGCUUGUAUAAAACAGACAUUCGAAUCUUCCCGGUCGAGUUGGUGAAAAAGGUUGUAUUGUCUUUACCGGCGUCCGAUCGGCAGCAGGCAGAACGCAAGCCGGAACUCAAGAGACUGAUUAGUCAGGUACUGGAGACGGAAAGGGAGGUGACCAAGAUGGACGACCACGUGAAGAAGUUUUCAUUGCCAAAAACACACAUGCAUCUGGACGAUUUUGUGCGUCGCAUUCAAGAAUCAGGGAUUGUCAAAGAUGUUGAUACAAUUCACAGACUGUUCGAUGCUUUAACUGUAGGUCACCAGAAACAGAUAGACCCAGAAAUUUUCAGGGAUUUCUACAAUUACUGGAAGGAAACUGAAGCAGAAGCUGAAGAGAGCCUGCCUCCCCAUGUAACAGAGAACCUGGAUAAGAACGAGUGCGUCUACAAGCUGUCCAACUCCGUCAAGACCAACUUUGGGGUUGGGAAGAUUGCGAUGACUCAGAAGCGCCUGUUUCUCUUGCUUGAGGGAAGAUCUGGCUUUGUUGAAAUCGCUCCAUUCCGAAACAUAGAGGAAGUUAAAAUCACCACUGUAGCCUUCCUUGUGCUACGGAUACCAACUCUUCGAAUUAAAGCCACAACCAGAAAGGAGAUAUUUGAAGCCAACUUGAAAACAGAAUGUGAUCUGUGGCACCUAAUGAUCAAAGAGAUGUGGGCUGGCAGGAAAAUGGCCGACGACCACAAGGAUCCACAGUACAUCCAGGAGGCUCUGACGAAUGUGCUGCUGAUGGAUGCAGUUGUUGGCUCGCUGCAGACCACAAAAGCCAUUUAUGCCGCUUCUAAACUCUCCCACUUUGAUAAGAUGAGGAACGAAGUGCCCAUGAUGGUCCCAAAAACAACUGCUGAAACCCUAAAGCACAGAAUUAACCCUUCCGUUGGUGAAACUGUCCCGCAGUCGGUUGAUGUGCUGCUGUAUACACCAGGCCAACUAGAUGCUUCAGGAAGAGAUGAUACCUCCAAACUCUGGUGUGCUCUAGGGGAAGGAAAAGUGGUUGUCUUCAAUGCUUCUACUUGGUCUGUCCAGCAACACAACGUUAAAGUAGGAAAUUCUAAACUGAAGUGCAUGGUGGGAGUGGAGCAAAGUCAGGUUUGGAUUGGAUCGAGCGACUCUUCCAUUUAUAUCAUAAACACUCACAGUAUGGUGUGUAACAAGCAGCUGACUGCCCACCGCUCAGAAGUAGUCGAUAUAAUCACAGAUGAGACCAGGACUCAGGGCAGACUCUCCUACUCCUGCAGUGUGGAUGGGAAUAUUUUGGCCUGGGACAUCAGUACCCUGAAGCUACACCACAAAUUCCAGCUGGCGAGCAACACAAUCAACUCCAUGAGGCUGUACAAGGAUCUCCUCCUGUUUUGCACGAGAGAGUGCAUUCUUGUCACUAAAAAAUCAGGAGUGGUAUUCCAGAAGGUGGACAUUGCUGAAAAUCUCAGGAAAUUGGGCUCGUCUUUUUCUGGCAUACAGUUAUUUUCAGAGAAGGGUCAGCUGUGGGUGUCUUAUGCUGCCAAUAAUGAAAUAUCCAUCUUUGAUAUGAACAACUUAUUCAAGCCUGCGCACAAGGUCAUCCUCCAGGACUGUACUCAGAUCACUUGUAUGCUGAGAGUCAAACAGCAGAUCUGGGUUGGUAGCAGGGGGAUCUCCCAAGGCAAACAGAAAGGAAAGAUCUACGUCAUUGAUGCAGAGAAGAAGACGGUGGAGAAGGAACUGGUUGCCCAUGUGGAUAUAGUGAAAUCCCUCUGUUCAGCUGAGGACAGAUAUGUUCUGAGUGGCUCAGGAAAAGAAGAUGGGAAAGUCGCUAUCUGGAAAGUAGAGGAUUUGUCUUUGAUAACGUUUCAGAUUUAAAUUUGGCAUUAGACAUGACUGGUGAGGACUGUGCUGUGCCUUGUUCUGGAUCAGACUACAAACUGAUGAGCAGCUGUCGGAUGGGAGGAACAGUCUUCAACACAUGUAAUAUUGUCCCUGCUGGAAAAAGGGAUUUACUGAACAAGAUAUCUGUUCCCUGUCACAGCAUUAUGUGCAUUAUCAGGAUGUAUCAAGUAGGAGCAUGAAUCUGAACCUCCACUAUCCACAGCUCUGUGUCUGCUCGAGAACUUCAUCUGCCUUCCAAAACAAUUUUGUUUACUUUGUGAUUUCA